AUGUGGAACACGACGUGUAGCGACGGCGACACCAAGGUGGCCUGUCUCAAUCUCGGCGAGGCGGUCCUCACGAUCGCGUCUAUGCUUACCGUCAUGCUGGUUUGUUGCUUCUCUCCGUUUCUAUCUCUACUAUUUUGUCUUGAAAAGUUUGAUUCCUUCAUCUAAUAUUCAUCGCAACGUAGAGAAAGAACAUUUAGCCAGUAUUGGUUAGUUCAAUUUCACAAAAAACUCUGUUGCUAGUUCCUCAAGCAAUAAUCACCUGCAUUUCGACAUCAUACCUGACUUACUGUGUAUUUUCGGACCUCCUGCACUAAGAAACUUCGAUUAGGGAAGUUAUGACUAGUGCAGACGUUUUCAACGGAACACCUGCUCUUGUGACUAUGAUUUAUCUUUCAAUUAUAAUGAUUUAAUUAGUGAUAAGUGAAAGAUGAUACGCUAAAUGGGUGACGAUGGUUUUCGAGUGAUAUCAAACGUUUUUAUUCUAUUCAAUUUCGGAACCUUUUUUCAGGAGCCUUAUCCUAAACCUUUCUUACUCAUACUCAUCACCUCUCCCUCUCACUUUUAAGAUCAGUCAUCCUACUAAAAAAGGGGACAAGAGGUCAUAUACAUAACUGAGAAGUUGCUAUGCAAAUGUAAAAUUAUGACUCGGCAUUCCGAUAUCAUAGUUCGCCGGAAACAUUAUAAUAGAUUUAUUUUUCAGAUAAUUGUUCUGGGAAAUCUUCUGGUGGUAGUUACCGUUUACCGAGAUCGUAAACUGCGGAUGCAAAGGCAGAACUGGCUGAUUGUGAGCCUAGCAGUUGCGGAUCUGUUGGUGGGGCUUCUGGUGAUGCCUCUGACGCUGAUUUAUGAAAUUGUCGGCGAGUGGAGAAUGGGUCAGUUUAUUUUUCUGAGUCAUAUAGCGCUCUUGAGACGUUUUUAUCUUUCGGAGCUCUCGAUGUUUCUAGGAACAGUGAUUUAAUUUUAGGACUGGUUCUCUGUGAAAUGUGGCUCGCACUUGACGUACUGUUUGUGACGGCGUCGAUUCUGCAUAUUUGCGCCAUUUCGCUGGAUCGGUACUUCUCGGUGACUUCUCCACUCACCUACCCAGCCAAGCGGACUCCAACACGCAUGUUCAUCUACAUUGGUACAUCUUUAACUUCAUUUCACGCCCUGGAAUAUUUCGCCGCUUCUGGCAUUUCUUCCACAAGCGGAAAACAAAAAACGAAGAAGAAUCAAACGGCUUCUCAGCGUGCAAACAUCAUCUAAAAUGAGCCUUCUUUUCUUUUUCUUCGCAACACCCAAUUAAUGAAAGUGAAUUCUGAAUCUGAAGUGAGAACAGAAGAAGCGGCUUGUUGAGGGAGCCGAGGUGCUCAAAAAUAGUUAUUAAUUAUACACGACCACUUUGUCAUCCCAGUAAUUGGAUCUUUUCAGAUCUAUUUGACUGGAUUAGGUUGCUCAGUUUUUUGCGGGUAAUAACUUGAGAUUGCAGUGUAGCGGAAGCUCUCUAUUGAGUGGAUCUUUGUAAUGGGAAUGGCGCACAAAAAUUUUAUUCACUAUGUUUUUGGAGUGAGCAUUAUUUUUCAAGCGAACAGCUGAAACUUUGUAGCCUUUCCACCCUAAUGAAAGGAAAAUGGUAUAUCUUAUUCCCAAUAACUUGACAAGGUUCGCUUUUCUACAGAUGAACCUUGUCAUCUUUGAUUGAAGAUCUGUUAUUUUCCAAUCAAAGAGAGAGAAUAAUGCGGAAAAUUUAAAAUAGUCCUGACAAGCUUGAAAAUUCUCCCUAAACGGGAUUCAUUUAAAUUUUAAAAAAAUGUUGACCAAUUUUUAAUUUUCAUUUUCCAGGUGUUUCUUGGAUCGUUUCUCUUCUAAUCUGUCUUCCACCGAUUUUCGGCUGGAGACCUGAGAGAAAAGAUGGCGAAUGCUCUGUGAGCACUGACCUAGGUGCAUCAUUUCCUUGAAUCGAAAAACACUGAGUUUUGAUUCAGGCUAUGUGCUGUACUCUUCGCUGGGCUCUUUCUACAUACCAGUUAUCAUUUUAAUCAUAGUCUACGCCAAAAUCUACAGUAUCACGAUUCGUCACAGUAGACAGCGGCUGAGAGAAACCGAAAGACGAGAAAAUACUCUACACAUGCUCACGGCAAAACGAGGAAGUGGUCAGCAACUUUGCAUUUCAAGCAUUUUUUUCUGAACGAAGAUUUUACUUAAUUUCAUUGAAAAAAAAAUGAACCCUGUUUCCAAAUCGAGAGUGUGGAAGCUUCAUUGUUCAUUUUACCUAGAUCCUUGGUCUUUAUUUCGUUAUUUGCAUAACACGCGUGUAAUAUAGCAAACUCAGAAAUUUUUCCAUCUCCUCAAGUUUAAUUGAAAAACGGUGUAUGAGACUCUCGUCGCUCAUUUUAGAUGUUUUCAAAUUUUCAGCCGAGAAAUUCAACAUAGAGUACGAAUUGGAGGAAAACUCGGACCCGAACGACGAAGAUCGUCCAAAAGCUCAGAGGGUAAACACAGCCGUUAGGAGCAGAGUUAUGAGAAUGAAGUUUUUUCAGGAGGUCAUCACGAGGGUUUGCUGGCAGCUGAGAAAAAUAUCUGAAGAGUUGCCGAGAAGGAAGGUUCGUCAAACUCACUGUGACUAAUGAAAAACAACGUUUCCAUUACUUCUUUUCAGUGAUAACAUGGGAAAAGCCUCUUUCUUAAAAUUUUGAGGAAAAAAAACCCAGUUUCCGGUUUCAAUGCACAGAAGUUUUUUAUAGGGAUCCGUCGGCGUUAACAGCAACAGCACUACUUAUGGGAAGGUCAGAGCUGCUCGAUAUGACGAAAAAACGACUUCGGAGAAAAGAAGGAGAAAACUGAAAGCAAAAGAGCGACAGGCAACUCUUCUGCUUGGAAUCAUCUUGUCCGCUUUUAUAUUGAGCUGGCUUCCAUUUUUCGUGAGUUUUGAACCUCAGAAUAUUUCGAUGAUUUUCUUGAAAACUAACUAUAAAAAAAGUAAGGUCAUUGAAUGAGAAAAAUCGAAUUUUUUUCUUCUAUGAUAAUCAAAAAAAUUUUUCUCAUAUAAUCAUUCUCCAAAGCUCUCUGAAACUCUCUUCUACUUUAAGAUGUUCAUUUUGUCCCAUCAGUUUUUUUCCCACUGUUUUUGAGAAAUGAUGAACUUGAAAGCACAAAAAAUUUGAAAUUAAAUAGUAAGGGUAUUUUAUGAUAAUUCAAAAGCAACUAGUAUUUUCCCGCAAAAUUUUCAAAACACUGCAAUUGAAAUAAAUAAUUUUCAGGUUCUUUAUGUGGUCGGCGCGUUCGGAUACGAAGCUCCGGCACUGGUCUUCAAGUUCUUCUUCUGGUUGGGCUACUGUAAGUUGUUCAUUGCGGCAGAAUUUUUAAUUGACUCCUCGCUGACGCGUCGCAGAGGCUUUCGGCCAAAUGAAAAAAAGAGUGUUUUCAGGCAAUUCGGGCAUCAAUCCGGUUAUUUACACGGUUUUCAAUCGCGAAUUCAAACGAGGGCUCUGCAAGCAACUUCACAAAUUCGAACGGUUCAUCCAGCCGCUGACGUCAUUUUAUAAACAAAAUUGA